AUGAAAAGAUCUGGUACAUGGAAUUUUCACGAUGCGCAUCGCAACUUACUCCUCAUCAUGACUGAAACUAUAGAGAGAAAGGAGUCGAAGAAGGAGAAGAGAGACAGAAAAAAGGAAAAGAAGGAGAAGAAAGAUCGCAAGAGGAAGUUGGAAGAUGAAAGCGAUAAUGUUAAUGAGGACGAUGAAGACAAGGAAGAAAAGGAAGAUUCCAAAACUUCAGAUGAGCCAAAUGCCGAAGAAGGUACAAACAACGAGUUGGAAAUCGAUUUGAGUGCACAGGUUCCAUUGUCCAAAAAACAGCAACGUCUUUUGAAGAAGGGAAAAUUGGAUUUGGAGAAAAUCUCCAAAAAGCACCCAGCUCCUCGUCCAGCCAACGAAGAAGCAGAAGCAAAACCAGCCAGAUCGGAGUUUGGUGUUUGGAUCGGGAACUUGUCCUACGACACCUCGAAGGAAGAUCUUGUUCGUUUCAUCACCGCCAAGACUGCUUCAUUUGGCGAAGAAGGAGAUCAUGUUCCUGUGGAAGAAAAAGACAUCACUAGGGUCAAUCUCCCCAAGAAAGAAAACAAAAUCAAGGGUUUUGCCUACGUGGAUCUUCCGUCUGCAAAGCAUGUGGAUAGUGUUGUCUCUUUGAGCGAGUCUGUAUUGAAUGGCAGAAAGCUUUUGAUCAAAAAUUCUAGCUCCUUUGAAGGCAGACCAGAGGCGGACUCCAAAAAGCCAUUGCUGAAGAACCCUCCGCUGCGCAUUUUAUUUGUUGGAAACUUGUCGUUUGAUACUACGGAGGAUAAUCUUGAAGAGCAUUUCAGACAUUGUGGUGAUAUUGUGAGAAUCCGUAUGGCCACUUUCGAAGACACAGGAAAGUGCAAAGGUUUUGCCUUCAUCGACUUUAAGGAUGAAAGUGGACCUACAGCGGCACUCAAGUCGAAGCUUGCGAAAAAGCUCAUCAACAGACCUUUGAGAUUGGAAUACGGUGAAGACAGAUCCAAGCGUAACCCUAAGAGAUUCGCUGGGGAGGAAAGACCGGAAAGAGAAGAAAGAGAAGGCUCUGGAGCAGAACCAGCUGAAAGAGAAAGAGAUAGCAGGGAAAUGACACGGACCCCUCAAAGAGAGAGACCAGCAAGACCACCAAAAAGACAAUAUAAUGACUACGAGCAGCCAGGUAAAAGAGUCAAAUCUUCGAUCGCUUUGGCGACAGCACAAAGAGCUUCUGCGGCCAUUGUUCCAUCCCAGGGAAAGAAGACAACCUUUGACUGA